GGGAGAACUUCCGGUGCGUCUUCGCGGUUCCUGGUCGUGUGGCGAGGUCCGGGAGGCUACUGAAGGGGCUCUCUGGCCCCUUUCCAACUCCUCUGUUUUCGUUAGCGUGUAACCGAACAACCCUAUUACCGGCCCGCGGUGGCGGAGUGCCCUGAAUUAGGGCAUCUCGCCGGACGGCUGCUUCCCGGGCUUGAGGGCCCGCGGUGGGACCUUGGUGUCUCCGCAGGCCUUGCUCCCUGAGAAACCGUCACCGCUGACACCGUCGCCAGGACUUCCUGGGGGAUCCUGGGUUCUGGAAGACAAGACGUGUCCUCCUUUUUGGUCACCUACCACUGGUCCCAUGGCCGCCUUGCAGAUGGACCCUGAACUUGCCAAGCAACUCUUCUUUGAAGGGGCCACCGUGGUCAUCCUAAAUAUGCCCAAGGGGACAGAGUUUGGGAUUGACUACAACUCCUGGGAAGUGGGGCCCAAGUUCCGGGGCGUGAAGAUGAUCCCACCAGGAAUCCAUUUCCUCCACUACAGCUCUGUGGACAAAGCCAAUCCCAGGGAGGUGGGUCCUCGCAUGGGCUUUUUCCUUAGCCUGCAGCAGCGGGGGCUAAUGGUCUUGCGCUGGAAUGCAGUCCGGGAGGAGGUGGACCUAACCCCAGCCCCAGAGGCUGAGGUGGAAGCCAUGAGGGCCAACCUCCAGGAGCUGGACCAGUUCCUGGGACCUUAUCCAUAUGCCACCCUCAAAAAGUGGAUCUCACUCACCAACUUCAUCAGUGAGGCCACAAUGGAGAGGCUGCAACCUGAAAACCGGCAGAUCUGUGCCUUCUCAGAGGUGCUACCCGUGCUCUCCAUGAAGCACACCAAGGAUCGGGUGGGGCAGAAUCUACCCCACUGUGGCACCGAAUGCAAAAGCUACCAGGAGGGCCUGGCACGGCUGCCUGAAAUGAAACCCAGAGCUGGGACAGAGAUCCGCUUCUCAGAGCUGCCUACACAGAUGUUCCCCGCAGGUGCCUCGCCAGCAGAGAUAACCAGGCACAGCAUGGACCUGAGCUAUGCCCUGGAGACUGUGCUCAGCAAGCAGUUCCCUGGCAGCCCCCAGGAUGUACUCGGUGAACUCCAAUUUGCCUUUGUAUGCUUCCUGCUGGGAAAUGUGUAUGAGGCAUUUGAGCACUGGAAGCGGCUCCUGAACCUUCUGUGCCGGUCAGAAGAAGCCAUGGUGAAGCACAAUACCCUGUACAUCAACCUCAUCUCUAUCCUGUACCAUCAGCUUGGAGAGAUCCCUGCCGAUUUCUUUGUGGAUAUUGUCUCCCAGAACAACUUUCUCACCAGCACCUUACAGGUUUUCUUUUCCUCUGCCUGCAGCAUUGCAGUGGAUGCUACUCUGAGGCAGAAAGCUGAAAAGUUCCAAGCUCACCUGACCAAGAAGUUCCGGUGGGACUUUGAGGCGGAGCCUGAGGACUGUGCCCCCGUGGUGGUAGAGCUCCCUGAGGGUGCGGAGACCGGCUAACUGGGAAAGCUCAGCCCUGGGAGACUCCUUCCCACAUGGUCGCAGUCCUGGCCUCUCUAUCACCCCUUCCUACAGGAACUUGCCGGAGCAGCAGUCCUACCAGAUUCUACAAAGAUGGAGCCAGCCAGAAAUCCUUCCCGUAGUAAUAAGUAAGUUCCAUUAGUGCCAAAGAAGCUGUAUUCACCCUGAAGGCACUUUCGUGGGUUCCAGUCAACCUGGACUUGGUGCUAACCUUACUGGAUUCCAAAUGGGCUCUUCCGAAGCUCCUGGGAGAGACCUGCCUUAGCAGCUAUCUACUUGCUUCUGAAAGAGAAAAAAGAACAACCAAAGCCAUGGAAAACAGAUUUGCUUACUACAGAGUAUGAUUAGAAAACAAGAAACCCUGGACUGCCCCACAAGUCUGAGAUGUCAGUUGGUGACUGUUUUGAAGAGAAGUUUCGAAGGCUAACAGGGAAUGAGCCAGAAUUUCUGCCUGCCCCUUGUUGAGUGGAUAUAUGUCACAGAAAAUUUGGCCAUGUUUUUCCAGGAGCCCCAAAUUGGGAAGGGUGUAACACUGAAAGUGUUUGAGUCUUGAUUCUUACUUUCUCCAUCUAAGUCCCAUUUCCCUGUCCAAAGGUCCCUGUGGGCAAUCUUCCAAGAUUUCUGUGGUCCCUGAGCUCAGAGUCCUAGCAGGUGCCACUCCCUUCCCAUGCGUUCCAUUCUGAGGCCCAAACCCAGAUGUGGGACUUGGCGACCUACCUUGUGGCCCCAGUCCUCACUAGAACCACCGUGACUAUUUCUGAUGACCUGGGGGUUCAACAACAAAAGGAAAGGUCCUUGCUCUAUGCCUCUUCUUGCAAGCUCUAGAGAUGACCUGGCUAGUCUAGAUUCUCCCCAUUGUGCUCUAGAGACAUCAGCCACUGAAGUAAUGACACACUGGUUGUCUGGGAGUCGUCAGAGCAUUCCCUUUGUGCACACAGGCCCUGCUACCCUGACCUUGUACUGUACUGUGGUCAGAUUCCCUUUGCCCUUUCUUUCCAAGACUGUUUCCUUUCCAGGUUUUGGAAGAAGAAUUCCUGCUGGUUAAGACUUAAGGAUCCACUUGUUUCCUUGGAGAUAUUUUUCCAAGAGCAUAAUGUACAUUAAAGUGUUUUGAGUUGAGACUAAAUCCCCUUGUGUGAGUCUCUCUUGCAGUUAAUCUGCUCAAUUUCCAGAGCAGCCAGGCCACUAUUGGUGGAUACAUUUCCUCUGUACUGAGUGCCAGGAAACCCUGUCCAAUCUUUGCCAGCUGUGGAGGACGCAAGCUUCGAGCGUUACCCUCCGUUACCAGUGGAGUUGCUGAGACAGGCACACCCGAAGGAAGGAAUGCUACCCUGUCUAGUAGUCACCCCAUCUACGCUUUCCCUCAGUUAUUUCACUUUGCGCUUCUCAGUUACCCAUAGUCAGCUGUAAUCUGAAAACUUUACUUAGGAUAUUUUGAAAGCGAUGACAUUCAUAUAACUUUUAUUGCAGUGUAUCAUUAUAAUUGUUCUAUUAAUCUGUGCCCAAUUUAGAAAUUCAACUUUAUCAUAGGUAUGUAUAUGUAUAAAAAAAUCAUACAGGGCCUCCCCUGGUGGUGCAGCAUUUGAGCCCUGGGCUGUGAGGCUGCCCGCAGCCUCUGCAGCGCCGGUUUGAUCCCCGGCUGCCGGCAAAAGUCCCAAAUGGCACGACAGACCCCUCUUGCCGUGCCCGCUGCUCCCCUCAGCAGUGUAUUUCUGUCAGUCUGCCUGUUCUGUUCCCCGCUCUGGCCCUGGUGAAUUCUCUCACCCUCCCGCGCUUCUGACUGUACCCAG